AUGCUGUUCAAAAUCUCUACCUUCUUUGUCGCAGCAUUUGCUGUUCCCGCUCUUGUGGCUGGAGCUCCUAUUGCUUCCGAAGAAGUGACUGCGAAUGGCGAUGCCCAUGCCGGCACCAACUCCGCCUACGUGCACGGCAGCUACGGCUUUGAUGAGAAGAAGAAGCGUGAAGACGCCAGCGCCAACUCUGCCUACGUUCAUGGCAGCUACGGCUUUGAUGAAAAGAAGCGGGACGAGUCUAGUGCAAACUCUGCUUACGUGCACGGCAGCUACGGCUUUGAUGAAAAGAAGCGUGACGAGGCCAGUGCCAACUCUGCCUACGUGCACGGUAGCUACGGCUUUGAUGAAAAGAAGCGGGACGAGUCUAGUGCAAACUCUGCUUACGUGCACGGCAGCUACGGCUUCGAUGAGAAGAAGCGGGAUGAGACUAGUGCCAACUCUGCUUACGUGCACGGCAGCUACGGCUUUGAUGAGAAGAAGAAGCGUGAAGACGCCAGCGCCAACUCUGCCUACGUGCACGGUAGCUAUGGUUUUGACGAAAAGAAGCGUGACGAGACCAGCGCCAACUCUGCUUACGUCCAUGGCAGCUACGGAUUCGACGAGUAG